AUGCCUGGAGGCUCACAGGAGGGAGCCCUGAGCAGCAGCCCCAGGUCUGAAGCUCCUCAUCGUCUCCCAAAAGGCUUUGUGUCUGUGGUAUGCUGUGCCCCCAGCACUUCCUGUUUACCCUGUGACCCCCGACCUCUGACCUUGCUCUUUCAUGUGACCCUGCCGGCACAGAAACACCAGGACGAUGAUGAUGACGAGGGAGAGACAGGGCUGACGGAGGAGGAGAAGGAGGAGGAGGAGAAGGAGGAGGAGAAGCUGGGGAAACUGCAGUAUUCUCUUGAUUACGACUUCACCGAUGGCAAGCUCACUGUUGGCAUCCUCCAAGCUGCGGACCUCAUCUCCAUGGAUACCGGUGGGACCUCUGACCCCUAUGUCAAGGUGUUUGUCCUGCCAGACAAGAAGAAGCACCAAAGCACCAAAGUGCAGAAGAAGAAUCUCAACCCUGUCUUCAACGAGUCGUUCGUCUUUAAGAUCCCGUACGAAGAGUUAGGCCCGAAGACGCUGGUGAUGUCGGUGUAUGACUACGACCGCUUCUCCAAGCACGACAUCAUCGGGGAGGUGAAGCUGCCCAUGAACACCCUGGACCUGGGCCAGCCCAUCGAGGAGUGGAGGGAUCUGGAGAAUGCCGAGAAGGAGGAGCCUGAGAAGCUGGGAGACAUCUGUAUCUCGCUGCGUUACGUACCGACGGCAGGGAAACUCACGGUCUGCAUCCUGGAGGCCAAGAACCUGAAGAAGAUGGACGUGGGCGGACUGUCCGAUCCGUACGUUAAGAUUGCGCUGCUGCAGGGCGGUAAGAAACUGAAGAAGAAGAAAACCACGGUGAAGAAGAACACCCUGAACCCAUACUACAACGAGUCCUUCAGCUUUGAGAUCCCCCUGGAAACCAUGCAGAAAAUCUUGGUGGUGGUGACGGUGUUCGACUACGACAAGAUCGGCAAGAACGACGCCAUCGGGAAGAUCUUUGUGGGCAGCAAGGCGACAGGACUGGGGCUGAAGCACUGGUCCGACAUGCUGUCCAACCCCCGUAGGCCCAUCGCUCAGUGGCAUCCGCUGCAGCAGGAAGAGGAUAUAGACCAGGCACUCGCUGGGCUUUUUGCAAAGAAGUAACUUCAUCUCCUCCCUGACCGCUUAACAGACUAACUCAGAAACCCCUUAACCCUCCCUCCUCAAUUCCUCCCUCUCUACCCCACCCCCCAACCCCCCCCCUAAACCGUUACACUGCAUGAAAGUCAUGAGUUACAGAUGGCGAAGGUGACUUCGUCAAACUUUGAAAAAAAGAAAAGAAAUUAAAGUUAAACAUCAAGAGUAUCAGCUUAUAAGAACAUACAUCCUCACACCUUUACAUUUCACACGUUUAUGCGAAUGACGAGAGGGAGAAAAAUGGAUUGAGUGAUAAUUCAUGUGUGAGGGAUGGAUUGAGUCAGAGUUUCAUUUCCCAUAACGUGCUCAUAGGAAAAGCUUCUUACUUACCCUUACGGACUCUCCAUCAGCGCGCUAGUUGGGAUAGCGACGCUGCUGGUGAUAGACUCGUUUAGUUUAUGCAGCAUUGUGCAUGUCUUACUUAUCUCUACCUGCUGCUUGGCCAUGUCAUUCCCAAUAGUCUCCUGUUCUACAAUCAUAUAAGUGUGACAUACCUUGUUGUAGAUUGUAGUGUUGUUCGGCAAUUGUAUCACUUAGAAUCUGUUUAAGGUCUAAUUAGUAUGCCACUGCAAGAGAAUCUCGUUGACGAUGAAUGAGGUUAAGAGAAUGCAAAAACAUGUUUUAGUUUUUUGGGGGAAUGUGCUUUUAAAAGAAAUUCACAGUACGAUUGUUUUCAUUUGACCCAAAUGUAAUUGUUGGCCUCAAAAGAGACGAAGAGACACAGGAUGUAAACCCACUAGGGACAACACACUGUCACACAACAUAGGUGUUGUGUUCCAUGAUUACUCUGUUCAUUUACGUCACUUUUUUAUUUUAUUACUAUCUUCUCUUUCAUAAUUUCACAGUUAUGUCAUCUGUAACAAUGGAUUGGGUCAGUCCAUCUCCAUUGUUACAGACACAGGUUACAGUGCUUUGAGACUGAUUUUUAUCCUCAGAGGAAUGAGAAGGGUGCCUUGCUGGUUAUACACUUUCGUUAACCGUAGACCCCUCGGUCUAGUCUGGUGUCCAGUCUGGUCUAGUGUAUUGGACUGGUCACUUGUCCAAUACACUACACCUGAUCAAUCUCAAACUGAAGUAUUUAAAAUGUCUGUUGAAACAGUCAAAUCUCAUAAGUGAAGCAGUUCAUUCUCCCUAGAACCAGUCAGGGAAUCUGAGAAUGUGCCAUUUGCACUUUGUCUCUUGCUCUGUUUGACCACUUGGAUGUAAAACAGAUAACUUCUCCACGGUUAGGAUGACUGAGGGGUGAAUGCUGCUAUUGCUGCCCAUGUGACUACAUGUUUCUGUGGUGAAGAGAUCUGUACUGUAUCUCUUCAGCUUGAGAAAAUGGUGUCAUCCCAAAACAUGUUUAGUUUUGUCCAAUGAAUAGAUUCAAUCACUUAACUACAGACAAAAACAUACAUACAUACAUAUAUUUACACAUAUUUGAUUAGAUGUUUUUGUCAUCCCUCAUUCAAAACAAAAUGUUGGGAAUUUCUAUUAAAGAACAUAGAAGAAAAAAUAUUUUACAAAUACUUGCAAAGCAAUAUGCUAUAUUUGAUAACUGAGGCUCUUCUAAAACAACAAUCAGUUUGUUGACUUGGUCCUAGUGUUCGUGGAUAUACAAGCCCCUCUGGUCAAGAAUCUAUUCUUCAAAAUGUCUUUCGUCAAACAUACAGUGACAUCAACAAAUACAACAUUUGAUUAAUGGGACAUGAAAACCGACGGCAUGAUGACACACUAGUAAUAUUCUUUGUAUGAUUUUGGAGAAGGAAAUCUUCCUCACAUGGUCUCACAUGGUCUUGUGCCACAUGCUGAGCCCUCCGAUGCCAAAGUCCUGAAACAGAAAGACUUCCUCUUCAUCCACAGACGUUAGUUUGGUGUGACAAGGACCUGGGUUUAACUGCUGGCACCAGUGCUGUCAGGGAUCACAGGAGAGUGGUUUAGCCACUGUCGCAGCAACUGUCCUCUGAAAGGGGUCCCACAAGGAAGUCCUGCAUGCCCACAAGAUGGGCAGUGAUAUAUAGGUAGGGGACAGCACAGGCUAGGAAGGGUGAUUCGAUGUCCACUACUUCAUACUACACCACACCAAAUUAUACUAGACUGAAAUACUUUAUACUAGACUAUGCUACUUUAAGCUAAACUACACUACAUUAUGCUAGACAGAAAUACUUCAUACUACACCACACCACAUUAUACUAGACUGAAAUACUUCGUACCACACCACACCACAUUAUACUAGACUGAAAUACUUUGUACUACACCACACCACAUUAUACUAGACUGAAAUACUUCAUACUACACUACACCACAUUAUACUAGACUACACCACAUUAUACUAGACUGAAAUACUUCAUACUAGACUACACCACAUUAUACUAGACUGAAAUACUUUAUACUAGACUAUGCUACUUUAAGCUAGACUACACUACAUUAUACCAGACAGAAAUACUUUAUACUAGACCACACCACAUUAUACUAGACUGAAAUACUUUAUACUAGACUAUGCUACUUCACACUAGACCACACUAGGUUAUACUAGACUGCUCCUUCCAGCUAGACUAAACAACUUCAUACAAGACUCCACACCUCCAUGCUCGACAAGGUAAAAGCUAGAGUACCAUUCAGUUUGUUGACUUGGUAGUUGUCCCCACCUCUCUCCUUGCUUCUCCUAGUAUGCAUUGAGCUAAAUUUGUUAACACAGCAUGUAUCUCUAAAAUGUAAAUAGCCGCAUGCUUCAAGAGGAACCAUAACUCUAUUGUGUAUAUGUGUGUUUGUGUCCCUUUUUAUAAUAAAAUUAAGAGAACAACAAAAAGAAGAAUGCACUGACUUUCAAAGUUGAUGUAUUUUCCCUUGGCUGGAUACAGGACUGAUAGUAUGUUUGAAUAAGUCGGUGUUGAUUUGACGGGAUCUUUUUCCCGUCUGCGGUUUGAGUGCUUACUUUUUACUGUGGAAAAUACAUCAUGAAGCCGCAUGCUUGUUUUACAUCAUCCAUCUUUCCUCUGUGAUUUCAAGUCUAGUUUGUUGACCCCCUAAAUAUAUCACAACAUUCCUGGGCUAUAAGUCAUGCAGUUAUCAACAUUUACUUGCAAUUGUUCAGUGAUAUGUCUGUGGACUUCUUUGGCUUGUAUAUAGUUCCAAAAUAAGUCAUUUAUUAGCGCCUUUGUUUUUACAAUAAAACUAUAUUAAUAACAAUAAUAAUAAUACCUUAAGUGUUGCCUUGCUUUUACCCUGCCAGAGAUGUGUUGACCUGUAUUGGUCUCGUAGUAUUUACAGAGGCUGGCACUAGCCUACCUGCCUUGUCUUAGUUAACACACGUACAGUAUACAAAGUGGAUACUGUAACUGCAGAGACAGCUAAACGACUUGUAGCCCAAUUUGUUUUAAAUCCAUUGGCACCUUGACGUUCAUUCCUCACUCCAGGCUGGCUGCCAUGUUUGGGUUUAGGGUUCGUCACAAGAAGUUCAGCCAAGUACAUAUUUGCAUUAGGGGAAUGGGUAAAGCUUAGUGGUUAGAGCAUUUGACUACAGAUCAAGAGGUCACAGCUUCAAACAGACUCACCCUGUAUGUCGAAUCAUCUGCUAAACAAACACACUUCCUUAGACCCAGAACAGAUGAUAAUUUCUUUCAUUAUAAUGAUCAUGUUUAUUUUAGAUUUAUAGAUCUAUAUUAUCUAUUAUCUAUGUCAUAAUUAAUCCUUGUGGUGAAGUCAGAUGUUAUGACUUUGUAAAUAAUUGGUUGUAAAAAUGUUACAUGUAAAUUGAUAUUAGUUGUUUUAUUGAAGUUGUUUUAAAUACCGUGCUGAAUAUAGAUAAAUGCUGUUAUGUUUUACCCAAUUAACUGAUUCAAACAUUACUCGGUAAUACAUAUGCAAGGUCAGUUCUUUAUGGUUCAUCAUGUAGGCUAAACAAAAUGCCCUCUUUUAAUAAGUGAAAUAUUUUUAAAAGGCUUGACUUUUUGUGAUCAGUCAUCUUGCAUACAUUCAUCGAGUGAAUUUGCUUUGCUGCCCAUAAAAAGCAAAAAUAGGGGUCAGUAUAAUUUUUGUAAUCAAACAAUCGAUUGUUUUAACCAGUUAUGACUUCAGAUGUCGGAUUCAGAUUCAUUGUCAUGCCAACCUUCAAUCAGUCUGGACUCAUCACCGUAUCUUCCUCUCACUGACUGGAUUGUGAAGAUGAAUAAAUAACAGUUUAUUGUGUUCACAUCAAACUCUGCUGAGAGUGUCUGCUAUUAUGGUUGUUUUAUGAGUGUUUCAUAAGUUGCUUGACAGCAACCAUAAUACUGUGUUGUGCUGUCCGAGCGGCUCACUGUGUUCGCCAUAGGACCAAUCGAACCUGUGUUAAACGUUCCCUUCGUGGGCUGUAGAGAAACUGAAUGGGUUUGUCGCGUUAAAACGGCGACGCAGGCAACAAAAUCUCCGUCUUCCUAAUGCUCUGAACACGGGGCGGACAUUAACAGAGUUAAAUUCGCAACGCAAUACUGCCGACCUUGCUGCUUACGAAAUGGUUCCUCUCCAUUCAGAUCACUUUGCACCCCCAUGGCCACCAAACACGACGUCCAAAGAACUGCCCCCCCCCCCUACCCCCUCCCCCAGAACAUCAAUGCCCCUUG